AUGGUCGGUGAUACCAUUCCCAAACUCGCGGUUCUCAUUGACGCGGACAAUGCGCGGUGCUCCGUCGUCAAUUCGCUACUCUCCGAAAUCGCAAAAUAUGGCACAGCUCAUGCGAAGCGGGCGUAUGGAGACUGGAGUAGCCCCAAUCUAAAGGGCUGGAAGGAUGAGCUUCUUGAGCAAUCAAUCCAACCAAUUCAGCAGUUCGCGUAUACCCACGGCAAGAAUGCGACAGACUCAGCUAUGAUCAUAGAUGCGAUGGAUCUUCUGUACUCUAGCCGAUAUGAUGGGUUCUGUCUUGUUUCAAGCGACAGUGACUUUACCCGGCUAGCCACUCGUAUCCGUGAGUCAGGACUAAUCGUGUAUGGAGUCGGGGAGCGUAAGACGCCUAAGCCCUUCGUCACUGCUUGCGAUAAGUUUAUCUAUACCGAAGACCUCGUGCAUCUUGAUAAGCUUGCACCACAUGCUCAGAGUGUUAGCGUGCCUGGAAAUCUUUCGCCAGCCCUCCAGGCUCAAAAAGAUGGCGAUCUAGCAAGUCAGCUGCGAACCACGGUAGAGGCAGCCUCCGACGACGAUGGAUGGGCUAAACUCUCUAACGUCGGUCUGCUCCUCACUAAAAAAAUACUCUGA